AUGGACAAAAAGGAGAGCGAUUCUUUUGUAUUUGGUAAUUUAUUACGGCGAAAUUUGGAAAGCUACAAAGUCAAUAACCCAGGAUUUUCAACCUUGGCACAAAAAGGAGACGAUGAGGUUUGUUGCGAGUAUACAGUAUUUGAGACUAAAAGCAAAUGAUCAAUUUAUUGAAAUCAAUGAAGAUAAAAAAGGUCAAGGCCUCCCCUCUUUUUUAUUUAUUUAUUAAAUUACAAGGGCUAGAGGUCCACUACUGAAACCAUAUAAAGGCUUUUGUUUUAAGACCCCUAGCUAGUUUAGAAAUUUUAAUUUACAAUAUAAAUGAUAUUUACAGUCUGAUUAUCGGAAGUAAAAUUAAUUUAUAAUUAAAAAGAAGAUAAGAAAAGAAGAUAUAUACAAUGACAGAAGAUUUUUCUUGAGAGAACAGACAACAGAUAUGUCUUUAUAUGCAAAUACGGCCUAGUACCCUAUGUUUCCAAAUGCAACUGCAAGAAAGAAUUUUUGAGGAAGAAUCAUAAGGGAAGAAUGUGUAAAUUAAGGCCCCUUUCCAAAUUUUUAUAGCCAGCCAACAUAGUAUUUACUAUUGAUCAAGUGCCAGAGGGCUAUUAGGGUACUAGCUCACUGUUUACAUGAGAUUGACGCUCAGAUUUCAGAAUUAUUUGUUUAUUGUAUUAUACAUGAAAGGGGUUGAAUAGGGGUAUACAAAUCCGCCGAUUUGAAGCAAAAUCUGUGAUCCGAGCCAAAAUAUUAGAUAAAUCCGCAAUCUGCUGCAUUAAUAAGAUCCGAAAUCUGUAAAACAUUCGCCAGAUCCGAAAUCCGGACAAUUUUUUCUGUGAAAUCCGACGAUCCGAAAACCUAUUCACCCCCCCCCCCCCAAUGAAAAUACUAAUGCACCUAUCAAUGUUAAGCCCCAGACGGGGGGUUGGGCAUAGGGGGCAUUUGAUUUUUUGAGCAAAUUUUCAAUCAAAUGCCCCACCGUCGGGCAAUAAAUAUUGGUCAAAUACCCCACCAUUUUGCAAUAAAUUGCAAUAAAUACUUAAAAGUCAUUCGGUUCAAAUUGCCCCAACUUCCGGUAGUUAAUUAGAUAUGAAGAAAGUGUUUCUUUAUCUCUUGUUUGAAGACAAAAUGUGAUUUUGUUUGCUUGAAGUCUUUCGCAAGACCGUUCCAAAAUUCGAUUCCUAUUGUUUGCUAGGGAAUGUUUUGUGUAAUUUGUUCUUUUGUAAGACUUAGUAGUGAUCGAGUUAUAAAAAAGGACAUGGGCUGAGUUUGUGAGUCAUAAAUAUGAACACAUUUUCCAAGUUUUGUAGCUUUAUAACCAAAAGAGAUUGACAAAGCAUGCCAAGGAAAUGUCAUGUAUAACAUUAUAUUUUAGAUGAGCCAGGGUUAUAUGGAACAAUUACGAGGGCCCCGCCAUGGUGUUCAAAAGCGUACGAGAUUUCGAAAUCAGGAGAUUUCUAACCUGAUUUUUUGAUUUCUAACCUCAUGAUUUCUGUUGAUUUAUAGGAUAUCAGGUUAGAAACCAAGAAAUCGCAUUGAAUUCUAACCUGAUUUCUGUUGGUGACUGCUAGGGAUGUGCCGGAUCCGGAUACCGGUAUCCGAUAUCCGGUAAAAUUUAGACAUCCGGCACUAUCCGGUAUCCGGUAUAAAUUUGCCAGAUAUUUACCGGAUAGUACUGUAAGAUAUUUUGUUACAACCAUGAAACGGAAAAGUUUACUUGUCAUUUAAAAAUUGUGAAACACAAACAAUUACUGAGCGUGCACUGCAUUACGACGAAAUUACGACAUUAUUAAUGAGUGAGUGAGUGAGUGAUAUUUUUGUCGUGAUGGUGAUGUGAACUGCUCGUUCGCCAACAGCAGUGAAUUUUAUAUCCGGCACAUCCCUAGUGACUGCUGUCAUGUAGACUGUGGGCUCAAUAAUAAUGAAGUUUUGAAGUGAUUUGAGUGAUUUCUGAUUUCAAAAUUCAUUGAUUUCUCUCGUGAUUUCAGUUUCAUUUCUGUUGAUUUUAUUUCUGAGUCGAGUGUGCAAGAUUUGAUAGAUUUCAGCCGUAGUGGUCCCCUCCGGAUUUAGAUAAAAUUUAUUGGUCUUUUUUAACUAUUUGCAUGCAUUUAAUGGUUAACAGCAAAUAAUUUCAGAUGCAAUGAAAACAAAAAUGAAACAGGACAACAGGUUACAAAAUUGCAUACCAAAUUAGGAACAAACAAUUUUAAAACACUGACAUCAUUGUUCUUCAAUCUGAUUGGAUAAAAUAUCACAAACGAAUAAAGCCUGUCAAUCAAGUUUCCCAACCAACUAAAUCUGCCACAAACAAGAAAGCUUCUUUAAUUUAUAUGAAAUAUGCCGAUUAAAAGUUACAAACUUAAGGUGAAUUAAGCCCCGUUUACACUACGCUCAAUUUUUGGUACGGCACGGAUAAAAUUGGUACCCGAACCACUUUUUUGGUUCUUGGACUACAUAUUUAGGUAGUCCAAGAACCAAAAAGUGGUACGGUACCAAAAAUUGAGCGUAGUGUAAACGGGGCUUAGCUAAAUAGGAAGUCCAAGAACCAAAAAAGUGGUACGGGUACCAAUUUUAUCCGUGCCGUACCAAAAAUUGAGCGUAGUGUAAACGGGGCUUUAGUAUAGGUAAUGGCAUGGGGCUGAGUAAAAUUAAGGUUUAAUUUAAUUUCACGUGUUUUUCAAAGUUUUGCGACUUUGAAACUUUGAAAACACAAACUGUGCGAUUACUUGUUAAUCACAGAGGGCAAAAUUUAUUCGUAAGUUAAUUAUACUCAUAUGUCUCCAUGUCGAUCUUCGCCGAUGUUCCUUAAUUAAUGCUGCCCAUUUCGUAAUGCUUGCCCAGUUUUCACUAGAAGUUUUCAAUUUUUCAAUAACAUUAUUAUCCGCGACGACGCGCGAGAAGCCAUUGUUUUUAUUGCUAUUUAAAGUGCACCUAACCUCAAAUCUUCUAACAUCUCAUUCCUAAGAACCUUUGAAAUGAUAUUGUAAGUUAUUUUGAAGAUUUUCGUUUGCUCACUUUGUCUCUGAGUUAUUUCAGUUUCAUUGAGAUGCAAAUGUCACAUUACGUCACAUAUGAAUAAUGAUUGAUCAUUGUUAGGUACAGUUAAAUAUCAUGAAAUAAAAAGGCUAAAUGGUGUUUUACAUAGGUAUGUAAUCCUCCCACAACUCCAAACUUCAUUUUAAUGAAUUAAACUCGACAGUGCAUGUCUUGAAUAUGAUAUACACAGGGGUUUCAGAAUGAUUUGAAGUAUAGGCGGCUGUACCAAAAAAGUAGCCGGUUGUGACUGAUAGUUAAAAAAGCGCGCGGCGAGGGGGGCGUGCCCUCGCAUGGAAAUUUAAAAAAAAUUCGCCGCAAAUGGACCAAUCCCCAAUUAACCAAAAUUUUGAUCUCAACAAGUCUAGACAAAAUUCCAUCAUAGCAUGAAAGAGCAUCACAAAAUUAGUAAUAUUCCAAAUUUCAUUGCGAAAUGUUGUAAAAUGCGGAUAAUAUAGCCUUGGGAAGUUUGUAACUUUCAGUCAUUUUGUAUUACGCACAGAAGUGGUAACCAUUUCCCGUUUGUAAUACAAAAUGACUGAAAAUUAAAAACUUCCCAAGGCUAUAUUAUCCGCUACAGCAUUUUGUAACGAAACUUUGGAAUAUUAGUAAUUUUGUGGUGCUCUUUCAAGCUGUGAUGAAAUGUUUGUCUAGACUUGUUGAGUUCAAAAUUUUGGUUAAUUGGGGAUUGGUCCAUUAAAGGCCCGUUUACACGGGCGAUUUUUGCUGCGAUUUUAGGGCGAUUUUCUUCUGAUGGAUGUGAAGGAGUGGAUGAGUUAUAAAUGUUCCAGGUUAUGAAAUUUCAUAACAACGUCGUUAAGUAAUCUACUCCUUCACAUCCUCCAAAAGGAGAAAAUCGCAACUAAAAUCGCAGCAACAAUCGCCUGUGUAAACGGGCCCCAAAGUACAACUGUUGAUAUGUUAGAUUUAGAUGUCAUUUGCAUUUGUACUUGUAAGUGACAAUGUACUCUAAUGUGCUAGGCCUACUAGUAGUUUAAUUUUUACAGCUGCAUGAACAGAAUGACAAUCAUGUACACUAUUAGUAUUAAUUUAUGAGUCCGAAAUCAUUAAUCAAAUGAUGUUAUACUUGUGUACGUAAUGAACUUUACUUCAUCACUUUAUCAUAAUUAGUUCACUGUCAAAGAAUUAGUCACUUGAAAAACAUUUGCAAGUAGCUCUGAAUCUGACUCGUUCUCUGGCUCACUGUCAAAUUCGGAUUCCCCAAUGCUAGUUCGGAUUCCCCAGGAAGAUUCAGAGCCGCUGACCAUUUGCUGCGAAAUUUAAGAUGGCGAUGAGAAAACAAAGAAUGUUUAUCUUAUCGCUUUUUCGACAGCAACUUAAGAAAGCAAGCUAUGUUUGGUACUAUGUAUUAUUGAUCUUAUUGAUCUUCCAAAAUACAGUAAGUGAUGUUUUGCUUGAAUUCCAAUUGGAACAUAACAAACAUCGUGUUGGUUCGCUUGUACCUUUGUAUAUAAAAUUUUUCCUGUGACCAGACGAAAAGUAGCCGGCGGUAAAAGUUCAAGUAGCCGGCGGAACUCCGGCAGCCGCCGGCUUAUUCUGAAACCCCUGAUUAUACAUUUUCAAGUUUUUACUUUAAAUCAUUAUGCAUUUGUGACGUAAAUUCCGGAUAUUUGCAUAGCAAACAAACUGAAACAUAUCUCUGCAGAAACAAAGUGAGCAAACAAAAAUCUUCAAAAUCAGUUGUAAUUAUAUGAUCAUUUCAGAAGUUUUUAAGAAUGAGAUGAUAAAAAUGAUUGAGGUUCCUAGGUGCACUUUAAAACAAGAAACGUCCCGCUCCUGCGUCUCAGCCAAUCAGGCGCAAGUAAUUUUGCUCUGAAUUAAGAAGAAUUUAUGCCCUCAUCAUUAGCCAAUCAUAUUUGAGCAAUUUUGCCCUCUAUAUGAUUAAGUGAAGAAAUACUAUGACCUAUAUGGGGCUGGUUGUUCAACGGCGGUUAGUGGGAAUUGGGAAGUAAACUCCUAUCGACCCAACCGAGAUUUCUAAAGAUUGAAACAUUUCCACAUUUGAUUUUUCUGUGUUGGUGUAAUGUACUCAGGUGAAUAUGAUGCUUGUGAUGUUGUUACUCUGAGUGUAUAUCCACACCAGGCAAGCUUGAAAAAUAUGCCUGACCACGGUGGGAAUCGAACCUACGACCUCAGUUUGGAAUACUAGCCCAAUGCUAGCUGUCAACUGAGCUACGUGGUCAGAUCGGUUCGAGUAUGUGAUAUUUCGGAACAGAAACUAGUUCCUUCGAUAUCAAUGUAAUCUAAUCCAAAGGUCGUAGGUUCGAUUCCCACCGUGGUCAGGCAUAUUUUUCAAGCUUGCCCGGUGUGGAUAUACACUCAGAGUAACAUCACAAGCAUCAUUUCCACAUUUAUAGGCAAGCUGAUUGAACCUCCACUCAUUGAGUGUGAGUGUGAGUGAGCUUUUAGAAUACGGGCGUUAGGCCUGUUUCAAACGUCGCGCUUCUCAUGUGCCGAACGCAUUAGAAACAAUAGAUAACGAGGCAUUUCAGCUGAUUAUCUAUUGUUUUUAAUGCGUUCGGCAGAUGAGAAGCUCGACGUUUGAAACAGGCCUAAAUUGAAAUUACUGUUUUAAACUAGAACUAUAAACUGAAACUAAAUUAAAAUUCUUGUUCCAAACUAGUACUAAACUAAAACUGAAUUGCAAACUGGACUACAUUUCAAGUCUUGAAAUGGAAUAAAUGACUACUGAAAGUGAAUUUAUUAAUUUUGAUCCAGUCCUGUGACGUGAUCAGUAUACUUCACCAGGUAUAGUAUCCAGUAUAUCAUGUGAGGAAAAUAAUUAAAUAAAGCAUUAUGGUUGGCUAAUUUACUCAUGCAUUAUUAAUGAGUCAGUUGAGAUACAAGAGUAAAAUAUAAAUGUUUAAUAAUUGAAAUUUAGCUGGUGGAAAAAUUUCUCUCAGAGAAUGUUCACAUAACUGGAUCAGCAUCUGAACAAAAGCAAAGUCAGUUAUAUAUUGGUUAGUAUAAUAGAAAUUUGAUUGCAUGCUUGGUCGUAAAAUUCCCAUAUGGUCGUAAUGGUCGUAAAACUAGAGUCACGAUCUUUCUCAACGGCCAGUUUAUAAUAGUUGAUACCUGUAAACCACAUAUAAAUCGUAAGUAUUCUCUAGUUCUUCAAAAUGUUUAGGACGAACUUUCCCUAAGCCUCAUGUUAGUAAAAUACUUUGUGUUCAAUGUAUAGACCACAGUAUAAAGACUUUUUUAAAUGUGUUUAUUAUAGGGGUGCACCGGAUUUCAAAUCCGGCCGGAAUUCCGGCCGGAUUUAACAAAUUUUCCGGCAUCCGGCCGGAUUUGGAGAGAAUCCGGCCGGAUUUAAAUUUCUGUUUUCACCUUAAAAAAGUCACCAAGAAUGGGAUAAACCAUCAAUUUGGCAGCAUUAAAGUUUAAAAAACACUUAUAUUAUUAUAAAAUAUUAAGUUAUUAGUUAUUAACAAAAAGAUAUUUAAAAAAGGUUUAAACACAAUCAAAAAUCUAAACUGACACUAACUAAAAAUAGUAAAAAAACAUAAACCGCUAUUUUUAAUACUGAUUUAUCCACAAUUGUCCCCAUUACCGGUUUAUCUCAAAUCCGGCCGGAAUUCCGGCCCGAAUUUUUGUCCAAAUCCGGUAAAUCCGGUUCCGGCCGGAUUUGAAAAUUCCAAAUCCGGUGCACCCCUAGUUUAUUACAUUAACAAAUGAACGACGUUUCGGAGAUUUACUCCAUCUUACAAUAAAUUGUAAUCUUAACUACCUGAAGAUGGAGCAAAUCUCUGAAACGUCGUUUGUUAAUGUAAUAAACACAUUUAAAAAAAAGUCUUACUGUGGUCUAAACAUUGAACACAAAAUAUUCUCUAGUUAUAAUCACUCCGCGUAUUUUCAGUUCUACUGUAAUGUUGUACAUUUGAGCAGAUACGAAACUGAUGUUGUAUUUCGGUUGAUGCAAAAUAUCGUGACUCAAUAUUUACGACCGUUACGACCAUAUGGAAACCAGGCUUUAGAAUUGAAGCGAGUGAGAAUCGCAUGAGUAAAGUCUGUAGAGAGUAGAUAUAAGCAGCAACGAGAGCUUCCUGCAGAAUCACAGACUCUAGCCUGAGUGCAUAGACUCGAUAUACUCCUGUUCUUUAUACAUGGUGCAUUGUAACUUCAUGGUUCAAUGUUUGUAUUUACCGCGUGUUUGUAUUGGCAAAUACAUCUAACAGGCACAUUCAACAAACAAAACCUGGUUUCCAUAUGGUCGUAACGGUCGUAAAAAUAGAGUCACGAUCUUUCUCAAUGGCCAGUUUAUAAUAGUUUAUACCUGUAAACCACAUAUGAAUCAUAUAAGCAUUCACUAUAGUUAUAGUGAAUUUUUUUUCAUUUCGGCUGAUGGGAAAGACCGUGACUCAAUCUUUACGACCGUUGCUUUAGAACUGAAAAUACGCGAAGUGAUUACAAUUAGAGAAUACAGCACUUAUGAGUUAUGAUUUAUAUGUGGUUUACAUGCAGGUAUAAACUAUUAUAAACUGGCUGUUGAGAAGAUAGUGACUCUAUUUUUUUGACCAUUUGGAAACCAUGCUUAACAUUGUUAUAUAGCUAAUAGUGCGCUUAAACUAUUUGUGGUCAUGUGGAAACAAGUGAAAGAUUUUUUUUCGCUCCGACCAGCUAUACGCACAUAAAUGCUCAAAGUGCAUGGAGUCAAAAGUUUAGAAAGAACGUAAUACGGAGCGGAUAUAAAAUGUUUAAUGUCCAAGGCGAUGAUAGUUGACAAGUGAGAGUUUUGCAAGCAUAUCCAGCGUGCAUGGCCUCUCUCCUCCGUCGAGUUAACCAUAUAGCCUAUCGAAGGGAAGAUGGCUGUGAAACUCAUUAGAAUAACAAUAUAACUCAUUAGUAUAGGUUAGUACCAUGGUUUCGAGUGCAAUUUGGAUAUAACAUGAACGAGUGAGUUUUUCAAAGACCUCAAAAUAGCACGAGUCCAGAGGACGAGUGCUAAAAUAGCACGAGUCCAGAGGACGAGUGCUAUUUGAGGUCUUUCAAAACUCACGAGUGCAUGAGAAACCAAGUUUCAUGAGAAACCAUGCUAUUACUUAUUAAUAAUUUACAUAAAAAUGUUUGAGACAAUUGUAGUUUUAACUUACGUUUAUGUAUAGCGAACAUUCCACUGGCAAAGUUUUCCUGGCUUUGUUAUUUAACAAUUAUUCGCCGAAGGCGAGGUGAUUAUCGGUGAAUAAAAACCGAGACGAAGUCGAGGUUUUUAUUCACGAUAAUCACCGAGCCUGAGGUGAAUAAUUGUUUUAGUAUAAUUUCAUAGGUGAUUAUUUACAAAAAAAAUAAAAAAAUAGACAUUUCUUCGUCAUUUAAUUGACAAAACGGCUUCGGCCGCCAUUUUGAAAAUCGCUUAGGUGAUUAUCGCGUAAAAAUCACCUCAACGGCAACCAAUCAGCGUGGAGAAUAUUCAAUAAUCACCUAUGUAAUUAUACUAAAUCACAUUAUACAACGCUAACAGCUUGAAAACUCCACUCAACUAUAUGUAAGUUCUGUUUGCCUUGUUUAAGGCAAAGGCUUUUCCAUUUAAAAAAAAAAAGAUAAAAGCCAUAUUUUCCAACCGAAGUCAACUUUUACUUUAUGUAGCGCGGCGCCGUGUUUGUUUUGUUUUGGAGCAAUCUGUGAAAUCUUUAAACUGCUUUAAACUGCUUGAUUGAUUCUAUCAUCACAUUGUUUUUCCACAAAUCAGAUCAGUUUGUUACAGAUUUUUGCACUGUGAUUACAGAAAAUUGCACUGUGAUUACAGAAAAUGACACUGCUCUUUGGGAUUAACUGCACUGAAAUCAACCAAUCACAGUCGAGUAAUAUUUUUAUAUAUAUUAUUAUCUAUGUUAGUCAGCGUUUAUUCAUAAAUCUGGUCCUUCACCGUCACGUGUUUGUAUUGUAUUUUUUUCCGAAUUUUCCCAACUAACCAAUAGCAAUGUUUUAGGAAAGCUACCUAUCCAUGACUGGAACAAUAGGGAAUUUGGAAAUUGCUAUAGGUGGGUUUGACAAAAAUCACAAUACACACGUGACGGUGAAGGACCAGAGUUAUGAAUAAACGUUGACUAACAUAGAUAAUGAGUUAUAUUGUUAUUCUAAUUAGUUUCACAGACGUCUUCCCUUCGAUAGGCUAUGGUUAAACACGCAGGCAAUACAACUAAUUCAGAAAAGGUUGUCCUUUGCAAACCUUUAACUCUAUAAACCUUAAACUUUAAGCGCGCACAGCUUAAUGGGAGCACAAGUUUCAAGCUUAGUAGUUGAAUAUUGCAGCUACAGUAUAUUUGGGAAUGAAUUGUUCUUGUAAGGAGAUAUCAUGUAUGAUUUCUAAAAUGAUUAAAUGAUGCUCCCAUUAUGCUUUGCACGCUUAGAGUUUAAGGUUUAGAGUACAACUUUUUUGAAGCUGUAUGCUGUAUACCGUAAAAUGUAAGGCCUCCCAUGCAUGGUAGAGUAAUUGGCCUUCCAUGCACACGCAGCUUUCACCAAUUACCCGAAUACCACACUUUUCAAACCCUAACCGUUUAAGCCUGCAUGUGAGUCGCAUGAGCUUAUAUUGUUCAAUUCAUGUUUUAUAGCUGCAUUCUGGGGAUUUUACGAUGUUGUAAGGACGUUAGUGGACGGUGGAGCUGAUGUAAACACACAAAACGCCGGGAGUCUGUGGACGCCUUUGCAUGCAGCAACUUUCCAAGAACAUGGCAAG